AUGAUCCUCAAGCUCUAUCUACAGUCAUCAGGAAAGAAUCUUCAAGUCCCCUUACCUGCAUUUUCAGUGGAGAUCAGGGCGCCCUUUGAGCUUGGUCAAAUGCCAGGAGGUGGAGAGGUCAUUGGAGCACUUCAAAUGUCUCGGGAUGAGCUACUCGAUCAUGGAUAUGAGCCAUUCGAUAUGUCCUUCCCACAUGUGCGUGGUGUCCACCCUUCUGUCAAGCUGAAGGCCGCCGUUGUAUAUACUUGCAAUCAUCAGGACGAUGCACUGUUUGAUUCCCUUGCAGACUGCGAAAUUUCUCAAGAUACAGAUGCAGGCCACGCAUGA